AUGUCGCAAGCACCUUCGCAGUUCUCGCAAGCAGACGAGGAGGAGGAUGUUCAAAUGGCGGGACCGCUCCUUGUCGGCAAGCUUCAGGAAGCCGGCAUCCACCCCCAGGAUAUCAAGAAGCUCGUGGAAGCGGGCCUACAUACUGUCGAGUCUGUUGCCUACACCCCCAAGAAACAGUUGAUGACAAUCAAGGGUAUUUCUGACCAGAAGGCCGACAAGAUCAUCGCUGAAGCACAGAAGAUUAUACCCCUGGGGUUCCAGAGCGCAACGGAAGUACAUGCACGGAGAUCAGAACUUGUACAUAUUACGACUGGCUCGAAGAAUCUGGACACUUUACUAGGAGGAGGGAUCGAGACCGGCGCCAUCACAGAGCUGUUUGGAGAGUUCCGUACCGGCAAGUCGCAGAUAUGUCAUACACUUGCCGUCACCUGCCAGCUUCCCGUAGCGCUCGGUGGCGGGGAGGGCAAGUGUCUCUACAUAGACACAGAGGGCACCUUCCGCCCGGUGCGGUUGCUCGCUGUCGCUGAGCGCUAUGGCCUAAAUGGAGAGGAGGUGCUGGACAAUGUGGCAUACGCACGAGCGUACAACGCGGACCAUCAGCAAGCCUUGCUGACGAGCGCCAGCGCUCUUAUGUCAGAGUCGAGGUUCUGCCUGCUUAUUGUGGACUCGUGUACUGCCCUUUACCGAACGGACUUCAGCGGCCGCGGCGAGUUAUCUGCCCGGCAAAAUCACCUUGGCAAAUUCCUCCGGACCCUACAACGUUUGGCUGAUGAAUUCGGGGUGGCCGUCGUCGUGACAAAUCAGGUUAUGUCCAACCCGGAUGCUUCGGCCAAUCCAUACACAGCCAACGAGAAGAAACCCAUUGGAGGCAAUAUCAUGGCCCAUGCCUCCACUACCCGGUUGCAACUGAAGAAGGGCCGUGCCAACACCCGUGUAUGCAAGAUUUACGAUUCUCCGUGUCUACCAGAGUCAGAGAGCAGCUUUGCGAUCUUAGCGAGUGGUAUAGGCGACCCGGAAGAGGACUGA